AUGGAGGCUGAUGAAUACAAUAAAAGUUUGAUUGAAGUGUUGGUUGAUGAACCAUGUAUUUACGAUCCAUCGGACCCGGCUUUUCAGAACAUCAACGAGCGUCACAUGGCUUACGUGAGGUUGGGCCAGCGGUUGAGGGAUCGUGGAGCUAGUGAAGAGCAAGGUAUUUGUUUCGUCUUGAUUUUAACGUUUAGAUUUAUUAACUUUGAGGCAGGUUGAGCUUGGAUAUUGGCAUUUUUGUCGACAUCUAUAAGGCUUCUAGUAUAACAUACUAAUUGGUCGAUUUCUAGUUCACCGAAUAAAUGACCGGUUUCAAGUUUUAAAACGAAGAUACAUGACUGAAUAUCGAAAAGUUCAACGGGGAGUACAAAGCCAUUGGGCUUACUACGAAGAUCUCACGCCGAUUUUAAAUUCGCUGGCCGAAAAAGCAGUCUCGUAAGUGGUAUAUAAUUGUUUUUACUAUACUAUCAUAUCAAAUACUUAAUAAAUUUGUACUCAAAAGCUAGAAUAAUAUCAAUAGCAUUUUUUAGAAACGAAACAACUAGUGUUAUAUCUGAUUCCAACCUAAUAUUCUCGCCAUAUUCACCAUCACCCAGUUCCGACGAGCGGCCGGCUGAAGCGAAGCGUCGGCACGUUGAAGAGAAGCAACGUUCCGACUUUCAGCGUUCCGAAUUCUCAGGCAUAUUCGACUAUGUAUCUUAUAGACUAGAUAACAUGGAUGAGGCAACUAGGAAGGCGACGGUUGAAAAGAUAUUGAGAUUAGUUCAUAACCCGUCGUUGGAAUUGGUGGAUGAACGAGUUAAUGCUUCAACUUCUACUCCGAAAUGGUAA